AUGUAUAGACUGUUCAACAACCAAUCGUUAUUUAAGUUUCUUAACCAGUUGUAUCAUAAUAAGUAAUUUAGAAUUUAUCAUAAGUCUAUUAUUCUACUUACUAAUAACUAAUAACAACAAAAUAUGUUCAACAUCCUUUUACUCAUACUGUUAAUUUCACUUUUCAAGUUAAUUACACACAGAGUCCAAGAUUAAGAUAAUCAUUGCACAUUAUUUCAGCUUCUGUUCCUUUAACUAUAACCUCGACUUAAGCUCAACCUCCAAUUCUUUACCAAGCUUCUCACACUUGAGAAGGCGCUCCAAUUAUUUAAAGUUCAACUUAUUAGUUAUCUUAUAGAUAUCAACCAAACCCAUAAUAGCUACUUACUUACUAAGGAUGAUUUGGAUAACAAAAUUAACAAAAAUUAGCAAAUUUAGCUAAUCAACCUGUAUUAAAUAAUUCUCAAAUUCAGCCAUCUUCUAAAAUUCUAAAAGUUAGUUAACAUACAAAUUCUUUUUCAAAUUUAUGUUUACAUAAUAUAAUUCUACAGUAAAUAUAAAAUUUUUAAUUCAUGGCAAAAUCAAAGUUAUGCACAGAUGGAGAUUGUUUAUAUUAUUGGUUCUAAAAUAUUAUAGGUUAGUGAGUUUUGUUUUUUAGAUCUCAAGAUGUUUUUUGAUCCUCAAAAAUUUUUCAGGUUCAACAAAAAACUUUUGUAUUAAAUGUAAAGAGAAUUUUACUGA